AUGGCAGCAGUGUCAGAGGAUGCUGGUCCCAAUCAAAGACUGAACCUGGUGUUGUGUGGGAGUGUUGGAUCAGUAAAGAUCUCCAUAUCAGAGCUCAUACUGGGCCAGAGAGAGUCCAGUCCAGAGUCCAGCUCAGUGUGUGUGAGGAGGGAGGGAGAAGUGUGUGGACGCCUGCUCACCCUGGUGGAAAUGCCAGCUCUGUACAACACUCAGCUCUCAGAGGAGGAAGUGAUGCGUGAGACUCUCCGCUGUGUCUCUCUCUGUGAUCCUGGAGUCCAUGCUUUCCUCCUGGUCAUUCCUGAGGGCUUCCUCAUGGAUAAAGACAAAGGAGAAAUGGAGAAGAUUCAGACAAUAUUCAGCUCAAGAGUCAAUGAGUACACCAUGGUCCUGAUAAAUCAGAAACCUGGACAGGAAAUGACAGAAUUAGAUGAAUCAACUCAGAAAAUCAUCAGAUCCUGCAGAGGAGGACAUCAGUUCUUAGGUUCCAGUUCACAGGUAUCAGAGUUACUGAAGAGUGUUGACAAACUGGUGGAACAGAAUGGAGGAAGUCAUUACACAACAGUCAUGUACCUGGAUGCUCUGGUGGAAACACAGCUAAAGAAAUACCAGGCUGAAAUUAAACAACUAAAGAAAUAUCAAAGUGAAGUGGAACAGACAAGGAUACAAAUCAGUACUCUGCAGGAGAAGUUUGAGCAUCAGAUACCAGGUUUAAGAGAGAGAUCAGAGACUUUGAGAAUAGUUCUGUUGGGGAAGACUGGUGUUGGGAAGAGUGCCACAGGAAACACCAUCCUGGGGAAAGAAGAUGUUUUUAAAGAAGAUGAGUGUCCUGGAUCAGUGACUAAAACAUGUCAGAGAGAGACAGCAGAAGUCAAUGGAAGACAGAUAACAGUGAUUGACACACCAGGACUGUUUGAUACAGAGAUCAAUAAUGAGGAGAUGAAAAAAGAGAUCAGUAAAUGCAUCGCCAUGGCAAUACCAGGACCACAUGUGUUUAUACUGGUGAUAGAGGUGAGACGAAUUACACCAGAGGAUGAAGAAGCAGUGAAAACUAUCCAAAAGAUGUUUGGAGAUGAAUCACAAAUGUACACCAUGGUGCUGUUCACUAAAGGAGAUCAGCUAAGGAAGAAAACCAUAGAACAGUAUAUAAGAGACCCUGGAGGGCACAUAAGAAAUCUCUUAGGCCAGUGUGGUAACAGAUACCACGUGUUUAAUAACACAGACCCCAGUAACCAAACUCAGGUUGUGGAACUCCUGGAUAAGAUAGACACCAUGGUGUCAGAGAAUGGAGGGACCUUCUACACUAAUGAGAUGUUCAGACAGGUAGAGGAAGCUCUCCAAGAGGAAAAGGAGAGAAUACUGAGAGAGAGAGUGGAGGAGAUAGAGAGAGAGAAAGAAGAACUGAAGGCCAAAUAUGAGGCAGAGAUAAAGAGAAUGAAAGAGAUGAUGGAGAAAAAAUGGCAUUUAGAGCAGAAUGAAGCAAAUGAAAAGAUAAGACAAAUGAAAGAGAAGAUGGAGAUGGAAAGACAGAGAGAGGAGAGAGAGCGAAAGGAAAGAGAUGAAGAGUACAAAAGAGAAAUGAAGAAGAAACUUAGGAAACAAAGAGAGGAGUUUGAGAAACAGAGAGAGGAGGAAGAAAGAGUCUGUAAAGAGGAGGAGCAGAGAAAUCUGGCUUAUAUCAGAGGAAUACAUGACAAAGAAAAAGAGGAACUGAGAAAACAGACAGAACAGGCAGCAAGAAGACAAGCAGAAGAGGAAUUCUGUGUUAGAGUAGAGAGAAAAGCCAAAGAGGCGAAAGAAAAGGUGUCUGACAGACUGAACCUGGUGUUGUGUGGGAGUGUUGGGUCAGUGAAGAUUUCCAUAUCAGAGUUUGUACUGGGCCAGAGAGAGCCCAGUCCAGUGACCAGUUCAGUGUGUGUGAGGAGGGAGGGAGAAGUGUGUGGACGCCUGCUCACCCUGGUGGAAAUGCCAGCUCUGUCCAACACUCAGCUCUCAGAGGAGGAAGUGAUGCGUGAGACUCUCCGCUGUGUCUCUCUCUGUGAUCCUGGAGUCCAUGCUUUCCUUCUGGUCAUUCCUGAGGGCUUCCUCACUGAUGAAGACAAAGGAGAAAUGGAGAAAAUUCAGAUAGUAUUCAGCUCAAGAGUCAAUGAGUACACCAUGGUCCUGAUAAAUCAGAAACUUGGACAGGAAGGGACAGAAUUAGAUGAAUCAACUCAGACCAUCAUCAGUCCCUGCAGAGGAGGACAUCAGAUCUUAGGUUCCAGUUCACAGGUGUCAGAGUUACUGAAGAGUGUUGACAAACUGGUGGAACAGAAUAGAGGAAGUCAUUAUACAACAGACAUGUACCUGGAUGCUCUUUUGGAAACACAACUAAAGAAAUACCAGACUGAAGUUAAACAGAUGAAGAUACAAAUCAGGACACUGGAGGACAAGAUUAAAAAUCAGACAUCAGGUGACCUGAGAGUAGUGCUGUUGGGGAAGACUGGUGUUGGGAAGAGUGCCACAGGAAACACCAUCCUGGGCAAAGAAGAUGUUUUUAAAGAAGAUGAGAGUUCUGGAUCAGUGACUAAAACAUGUCAGAGAGAGACAGCAGAAGUUAAUGGAAGACAGAUAACAGUGAUUGACACACCAGGACUGUUUAAUACAGAGACUGAUAAUGAGGAGAAGAAAAAAGAGAUGAGUAAAUGCAUUGCCAUGGCAACACCAGGACCACACGUGUUUCUGCUGGUCUUACCAGUGAGGCGAUUCACAGGAGAGGAGAAAUUGCUGAAGAUCAUUGAAGAAACUUUUGGAGAGAAAUUCCCCAUGCACACCAUGGUGAUGUUCACUAAAGGAGAUUCUUUAAAAAAUAUGUCGAUUGAGGAAUUCAUUAACAAAUCAGGGGAGAGUUUGAAUAAUAUCAUUAAACGGUGUGGUAACAGAUACCAUGUGUUUAACAACAAUGACCCCAGUAACCAAACUCAGGUUGUGGAACUCCUGGAUAAGAUAGACACCAUGGUGACAGAGAAUGGAGGGAGCUUCUACACUAAUGAGAUGUUCAGACAGGUAGAGGAAGCUCUCAGAGAGGAAAAGGAGAACAUACUGAGAGAGAGAGAGGAGGAGAUAGAGAGAGAGAAAGAAGAACUGAAGGCCAAACAUGAGGCGGAGAUAGAGAGAGUGAAAGAGACAAUGGAGGAGGAAUUUAAAGAGAGGGAGCAGACAAUGAGGAAAGAAAUGCAAAAAAGAGAGGAAAAAGAAAGACAAGCUCACAUUAAAAGAGAGGAAGACUAUGAAAGAAGAAAAGAAGAGAAUGAGAAACUGAGGAAAGAAAGAGAGAAGCUGGAACAUGUGAUAGAGGAACUGAAAAGGAAUAAAAUACAGGAAGAAGAGAAAAGAAAACAGGAUGAUGAGAAGAGAAGAAAGGAAGAGGAGAGAAAACAGAGGGAAUUUGAGGAGAAA